AUGAAUAUACAUUUGGAUACAAUUCUCGAUUGUACAGAGAAAUCAUUGGCACGUUGGCGAAAUUAUAACAAUGAUUCGAAUCUGACUCAUUUAAAUAUGAUUGAACAAUGUCAACAAUUGGCAUUGGCUAUUUUCGGUUUUAUUGCUUUUGAUUUUGAUCUUCAGACACUUGAUAAUGAAAAUAACAGUGGUCAACAUGAACUUACUCGUGCAUUUUACACACAUUUGAGUGCCGCAAUGAUGUUCAUACGAUUGCCAACGAUUGUUGGUCGACUAUAUCUAGUUUUAAAUCCUGAAUAUCGACAAGCGAGAGCAAUUAUUGAUCGAUAUUUGCAACAGAUGAUCGAACAGGAAUUACAAGAAAAUUCAGCAAUGAGAGCUGAACGGAAGAGAACAAGUUUUAUUGCUUCACUAAUUACUUCAUUGCAACAAGAUGAGAAACUUGAAGCAACAAAAAUUGAAGAAGAUAAAAAAGGUUGUUAA